CUUCUUCUUCGUUCUCCCACAUUUGCACUCAUUUUAAUCUCUCUUUCCCAUACAAAACCUCCUCUCUCUUUCUCUCUCCUCAACAAAACUUACAUUUCCACAGAAAACCAUGGAAACAAACCUCGAACCUCCAAAGUCCAUUAAUGGAGGUGAUAUUCUCUCUCCUCCAUCUCCACCUUUACGCGAAGAAGAAGAUGAUGAAGAUUUCUACAUCGAUGACAGUAACUGUUCUACUCCAUAUGUAAGCGCACCUUCAAGUCCUGGACGAACUUCUUAUCUUCAUUCUGGAUUCUUCUACAGUGCUCCAACUAGUCCCAUGCAUUUCGUUCUUGCUACAGCUACAGGAAGAUCUUCAACUGUUGGAGGUUUGAUUCCGUCAACUUCCGACGCUUCUUCUAACGGUUCUUUUGAGUUUGAGUUUUCAGCUAGAUUUGAUUCGCCGGCGCCGGAGAUCGGUUCGGCUAUGUCGUCUGCUGAUGAACUCUUUCUUAACGGUCAGAUCCGUCCUAUGAAGCUUUGCGCUCAUCUUCAGCGUCCUCAGAAGCUUCCUUCUCUUACACUUCUUGAAUCUGACAGAGAAAACGAAGAAGAUGAUGAAGAUGAAGAUGAUGAGAAAAAAAGUAAUGUGUUGUUUCAGAGGUCGUCUAGGGAUUUGAGAUUGAGAAGUAGAUCUCAACGAAGGAGAACUCGUUCUCUCUCUCCUCUUCGUAGUACGACGCCGUUUGAGUGGUACGGUUUCGACGACGACGACGUCGUUUCAACUCCGAUGAAGGAGGAGAGAGAAAAUGAAGAUGAGAAUGGAGGAGGAGUCGGUGAGAAGGAAGGUGAAACGACGCCGUCAGGAAGUUCGUCGAGGUGUUCAUCUGCAGGAAGGAGUUCAAAACGGUGGGUGUUUUUGAAGGAUUUUUUAAGGAGUAAAAGUGAAGGAAGUAGUAACAACAAAUUCUGGCAUAACAUUAACAUCUCGUUUUCUCCUGCAAAAGAGAAGAGAGAGAAAGUAAACAACAGCAACAACAACACAAAUGCAACUGCGAAUACGACGUCGUUUCUGGAGGAAAAAAAGACGAAGAAAAAAGAAGCGUCGUCGGCGAAGAAGACGGGGAAAGCGACGGCGGUGACGGCGAAGAGAAGGUCGGCGCAUGAAAUGCAUUACGCGGCGAAUAGAGCGCAAGCAGAGGAAAUGAGGAAGAAGACGUUUUUACCAUACAGACAAGGAUUACUUGGAUGUUUAGGGUUUAAUUCCAAGAGUUAUGGGGCAUUUAAUGGCUUUGCUAGAGCACUAAAUCCUGUUUCUUCUAGGUGAUAUCGUCAUUAAAUCAUUAUUAUUAUUACUAUCUUCACUAUCAAAACUCUCAUAUAAAAAGGAAACAAAAAAAAAAAGAGUAAAAAUCCCAAAUCAAGUCUAUUGAGUAAAAAAAAAAAGUUAGUUUGAAGGAUAUGUAAAUAGGUUUUUCUUUUUAAAUUAUCUUCACCUUUGGUUUUGAUUUGUGUAUUUAGGUUGAUAUAUGAUUAUGAUCAUGAUUAGUAUUAUGAUGUGUAGAAUAUCAUUAUGAUUGUUAAGUACCUCCUUUAUGUAUAUCAUUGAGGAGAAGAUUGGUUGUAGUAGCUUUAUUUUGGUUGCUUUUGUAGAAACACUUUGAAGAGGAGAGGUUUUAGCUUAGCUUCUCUAUCAAUGGUAUUAAAGAAUUUAAGUAUGAAGUUAUAUUUGUAUA